AUGUUUUGGGUGAUUUUACUGAUUAUUUGGUCGAUUUUUUUAUGGGACUUAUAUCUCGCAUUUCGACAGUAUGAUUUGCAUAAGAAAACAAAAACUCGUCCCAAAUAUCUGGAAGAAAUCAUAUCUGAAGAGGAUUUUCACAAAGCACGUUUAUAUAAAAUUGAUAAAUUUCAUACCAUUUUUUAUAAAGAAUUUCUAGAUAUCAAUCAUCUAAUUUUGAUUCAGAUUCUGCAGUCGCUUACUUUCAUGGUGAUGGUAGGAAUUAUUGAGAGUAUUUUAUCGCUUCCAUGGCAAGCAUUUGAGACGUUUAUCGUUGAGGAAAAACAUGGUUUCAAUAAUCAGACGUUCAGUUUUUUUAUAAAAGAUCGUAUAAAGAAAACGAUUGUAUCAUUGUUGAUAAUGGCGCCUAUUAUUUGUAGUAUAAUUUAUAUAAUUCAGAACGGUGGUCCAUAUUUUUUUGUAUACGCAUGGAUCUUUAUUUCGAUCAUGACAUUUCUGCUAAUGACUGUUUAUCCUGAAUUUAUUGCACCAUUAUUUGACAAAUAUAUCCCUAUGCCUGAAAGUGAAUUGAAAGAGAGAAUCGAAGCAAUGGCUUCAUCUGUUCAGUUCCCACUGAAAAAACUUUUUGUAGUUGAAGGAUCCAAACGUUCGGCUCAUAGUAAUGCUUAUUUAUAUGGAUUCUGGAAACACAAACGCAUCGUUCUUUUCGACACUUUGCUUAGUAAAGAAAUGUAUGCAAAAGUAAAAGAAGCUUGUGGUGAAACAGUCGGCGAUUUGGAGCGCAAAGCAGGAAUGAAAGAUUCUGAGAUCUUAGCUGUACUAGGCCAUGAAAUUGGGCAUUGGGCUUUAUCUCAUACUUUUAUUCAUCUAUUAAUAGCUGAAAUUAAUUUGUUGCUUGUUUUUUUUGUUUUUUCGUUCUGCUAUCAAGAAUCAUCAUUAUACCUUGCGUUUGGUUUCAUCGAUAAACCAACUUUAAUUGGUCUAAUAAUUAUUUUCCAGUAUAUAAUGGCUCCAUACAAUGAACUUUUCACAUUUAUAAUUACUAUAAUAUCGCGACGAUUCGAAUUUGCUGCUGAUCAGCACUCGGCCAAAAUGGGUUAUGUAAAUGAACUCUGCUCUGCGCUUAUAAAACUUGGUAAAGAUAAUUUAAACUUACCCAUUGAUGACCCAUUGUAUUCAUUGUUCAAUCAUUCUCAUCCACCAAUACCCGAGCGCAUCUCUGCAUUAAAAAAAGAGCUUUAA